AUGUCAACGGCACAAAGAUACCACGACGCGCUCUUGGCGCUAUCGGGUAACCCUGCCCUUGUGGCUGCAAGGAGUGGUCUUCUCAUAGGCAUGAGCAGCGAAGAACUCAUCGACGUCAUCACCUGUGGACUCAGAACUGGCGUUACUAGAGGGUUCCUCAACAUCAUCGCGACACAGGUGUUCGAAGAAAUUGCAGCGACUCAAGCAGGCGGCGUUAUAGCGCCGGUGGAAGACAAAGAUGGCGGCGACGUCACGGAUGAUAGCAACAACGUUGUCCGCAACGAUAGUCAAACUCCCCGCAGGCGUGCGGAACGCGGAAGCAGAGAGCCGCGACCCACGCAAGUUUCACAUUACCAGCCAGUCCAGACCCCAAAAGCGAGAACAACUCAAUCAUCGACUGCGAACCGGAAGAGAAGAGGAAGUAAUCUUGCCAGAACAGGGAAGAAGACAGGAAUCGUAAACCUAGAGUCAGAGGCGGAAUAA